AACACGUCAUUAUCCAUCAACAACCAACUGUCAUUUCGGAAACGUAAAAUUAUGGGUAUUUUUAAAACAAAUAAAUUCUAAGUGAUAUAUUUUUAACUAGAACAUUUUCGGCUACAACCCAACCUUUCGAGCCAGUGAAGUUUUUUCUCGACAGUAUGCUUCAGGCCAUGUAGUGUGGUUUCUUCGCAAAAACCUACGUAAACUCUGUAGGCAGCGGCAAUGGAAACAUUGAUAGACUCAAUAGUUGACUUCGUUCGGGUUAGACAGCUUAACAUUGCGUUGGCUGCAGUGUUAACCCUGAUAUACUUAGUGUACCAAUACUGGGGACUGUUGUUCAAAGGUCAGGAAGAGGAAGAGGAUGAGUGCCAUCACACGCCCAGACUAUCGCGGUCUCGAUCAAGGUCAUGUUCCAGGUCAAGAACGCGGUCAGGCAACUACCAUGAAUACAAAACGAACGAUUCGAAAUACUGCCGGCGCGGUCGGAAAGCUCAUCGAAGGUGUCCAGACUGUAGCCUUUGCAACUUUGACCAGUAGCCACUAGAUGGCGGUGUUAUCAAUCAAGACGAAAUUACAAAUCUCGCGCAUAGGUGGCGCUGUUUUAAAGAUAUAAAUUCCUGUGGCUGUUCGCGUUUUUUUUAUUUAUAUUUCUUUACUUUUCAUUAAAUAACUUGAUAUAAAUAGUAAUGAUAUUU